AUGGGCAUGGGAAAUCACUCCAUAGUAUCUGAAUUUAUUCUUGUAGGCUUAACAGAUCAACCAGAACUGCAGCUCCCUCUUUUCUUUCUGUUUUUAGGAAUGUAUAUUAUUACUGUUAUGGGAAACUUGGGCUUGAUCAUUUUGAUUGGAUUGAAUUCUCACCUUCACACUCCCAUGUACUUUUUUCUCUUUAAUCUGUCUCUCAUAGAUCUUUGCUACUCUACUGUUAUUACUCCCAAAAUGCUGGUGAACUUUGUCUCAGAGAAGAACAUUAUCUACUACUCCGGGUGCAUGACUCAGCUCUAUUUCUUUCUUUUUUUGGUUGUGUCUGAGUCCUUUAUUCUUUCAGCUAUGGCUUAUGAUCGUUAUGUUGCUAUCUGUAACCCCCUGCUUUAUAAUGUGACUAUGUCUUACCAAGUUUGUUCUUUGCUAUUGCUGGGGGUGUAUGUGAUGGGGUUUUCUGGAGCUAUGGCUCAUACAGGUUUCAUGAUGAGAUUGGUCUUCUGUGACAUCAACAUUGUCAAUCACUACAUGUGUGAUAUACUUCCCCUCCUAGAGCUCUCAUGUUCCAGCACCCAUGUUAACGAGUUAGUGGUUUUCAUUGUUGUGGGCAUUGACAUUGGAGUCCCCACUAUCACCAUAUUUAUCUCUUAUGCUUUAAUCCUCUCUAGCAUCCUCCAUAUCAACUCCACUGAGGGUAGGUCCAAAGCCUUCAGCACCUGCAGCUCCCACAUAAUUGCUGUUUCUCUUUUCUUUGGGUCAGGGGCAUUUAUGUAUCUCAAACCUUCCUCUCUUCUAUCCAUGAGCCAAGGGAAAGUGUCUUCUUUAUUCUACACCAUUGUGGUGCCUAUGCUAAACCCUAUGAUCUAUAGCCUAAGGAAUAAAGAUGUCAAAUUGGCUCUGAGGAAAACUCUGAACAGAGUUUUCUGAAUAGGAUCUGGACAAUAAGAAGACACAAAACUCUGCAUGUUUUAUUGGAGUAUUUUCAUGGUUUGAUCCUGAUUUGAAGGCUUUUAUGUAUAUGGGGAUGGACUCUUUAAUUGUACUUCUCAUGAAGGAGAAUCUCUGCCUUCCAUAUGAAUUCUUGUCUUCACACACAGGAGCAAACAAAUCUCUUUGAUGUUCUGAGGGCCUUCAAUUCUCUAAUGUUCACUACAAUUACACAUAACUUUUGAGAAAUAACUUUUGCAUUGGAAAACUCUUCUACUUUUAAGGAUGUAGAUGAGGAUAACAAGUUUAUAGGUCUGACAUUUAGGAUUUUAGAGCUAAAAGAAAUCUUAGUGGUUACCUGGAUUUCAUUAUUCAUGAUACGCAAAUUCCUUCUAAUUGUCCGAUGUCAUACAACUAGUUGGAACAGAUUCUCUUUGGUCAAAUGAUAUGACAAGUUAUUGAAGGGUUUUAGAUUGGGAUGGGAAUUAUGUAUUCAUUGCCCUAAUGGUGAGAAGAACCAAUAUUCUAGGUUACUCUAGAGGUUUUGGGGGAAGAUUCUGUGUUAAAGAUCAGAAGGAAGCAUUGUGUGGUACAAGGUGAAGAGGGUCAAGAGAGGGGAUUUUUCCAAAGAGUAGCAUGGUGGAAUAGAUAGAAAGAUGACCCUGAAAUUAAGAAGCCCUGGGAUCAGUUCCCUUUCUGGCAUAUACUGGUCAUGUGACCUGGACAUGUCAUAUAACCACUCUGUAGAAUUUUCUUAAAGAUUCAUUAAGGCUCUAAAUCGAUAUUCUAUGACCCAUCCUGGUUGUGCUCUGGGCAAGUCAUGUAAUCUCUGUCAGUUCUUUAGAGUAAUAAG